AUGUCAUCUUGUCGAAACCUUCCAUUUUCUUCUUGUCUCACACACCAAUCAUACCCCUCCUCAUGGAUUCACACCUCCAACAACAUCAACAGCAACAACACCAAUCACUCGUGUCGACGUCAAGAAGACACAAAUUCUCCUCCUCUUCUUCUUCUUGACGCAUCCAUCCAUCAAGAUUCGACGACACUCCUCAACACCACCAAUCUAAUGGAUGGUUAUGUGAUGGUUCAAAGUGUGGAAGAAGAUGACCCUUCUCAAUGUUCUUCUUCUUCUUGUUCCACUUCUUCCUCCAAUUUGGAGAAUUCCAACAACAAUAUGGCAACCCUUCACACCAUUCGUCGUCGUCAUCGAAUGGAUUGUGGUCAUCAUGGUCACCUUAAUUAUACCUUUUUAAGAGAUCCCAAUGACGAUGAAUUUCAGUUCAAUCCAAAGGAUCAUGAUCCACAUGAGAUUUAUUUUAGUGGCGAUCCCAACUCCGAGGAAGAUGAAGAUCAUCGCCAUCGAAUGACAUGUAUGAAGGAAAUUAUUCUUCAACAGUUUUACAAAAAUGGAAUUUCUUCAAGUGACUCGUUCAUGUCGUCGCAAUCCUUCUCAAGAGAAGGUUCUUCUGGAGAGAAUUCUCCAAAAAAGAUGAACAAGAAGGAACAAUGUUUCUCAUCGUCUGCAGAUGCGUCUUCGAGAAUUCCAGCACAAGAUGAUGAUUCACAAGGUUCUUCCUUUGAACCUUUUAAUACCAUAUUAAGUGAAGAGCCAUUUGAGAAUAAUAUUCGAAAUACGAUUGCUUUCACUUCCAUGGUCGGAGAAGGAGAAUCUGAAAGUAGUGAAGAAUUUUCAAUCCAACUUGAAAAGAUGUCAAAUUCUGACUCGGGAACUUGUCCACUCGAAAUGUCACAUGCCACCCAUCAUCAUCCCAUUCUUGACACUCACCAGACAAGUGUUGGUCAAGAUUUAUUGAAACACCCACUCUGUGAACAUCCAAAAGUUCUCUCUGAUGAGUUGUUUUCAGAAGGACAGAGGCCUAUGAAUGGAAUUCCAUCCUCUGUUUUGGAAUCCAAUGGUUGUGAUCCACACCACCACCAUCACCACCAUCAUGGACAUCAUCAAAAAGGUCAUUUCAAUCAUGGAAUUAUUGAAUCAACAACAAUUACACCAGCAAUCGCAUCCUCGACACUUUUAGCCAUUUCAAAGGUGAGAGAACAAAUUCGAAAUGAAAUCUUGUUAUCCAGAUUGUCCUCGGAGUAUGAAAGUGACAGUUAUGGUCACAAGAUCUCUCGUGGAUACAACCUUGUUCUUGCAGGUUGCAGUCAAAGUGGAAAAUCUCAACUCAAAUCCUUGUUGUGUUCGAUCAUGAAUUUCGAGAAUCACUUGAAACAUGAAUCACCUGAAACAUUCACAUGUCAUGAAACAUCAACAGACUUCAAUUCUUUCCAUCACACCAUUCAUGAUCCUCAUUCAGAGGAAGAUGAUCUGAAACACUCACUUCCCAUCUUUAAGAAUUUGGAUCAUACCACUCGAACGAGAUGUCUCGUUCAAGAUUCCAUUCCUUUCCGUUGUUCUGUGAAACCAUUCAAUGCAAAGAAUGGAAACAGCUCAAGUAACAACAGUAGUAAAAGAAAUAAUGGAGACAUGGAAACAUCAUUUUUGAUGGACACACAGAAGGAAAUGACAUUCAUGUUCUCUGAUUUGCCAGGAGUGAACAUCGAGAAACAACUCAACGCUUACAUGAACAUGUUAACUGCGUUAUAUAUGGGAACGUAUGGAGAGGAUGAUUUUGUGACAAGCUUUGACAUGGAUUCAGAAUCCAAACUCUUUUCCAACAAUUGUUUUUUAGAGAACAGAAGAUCUUACAACAAGAUCAAGCGAGAGUAUCAUCAUUUAAUUGUAUUGACCAUUCCGAUCAUGUUUACAGAGUUGGAAUUGAAAUUGAUUCAAAGCAUUCAACAACAUUUGGAUGAAAAAAGUAUUCCUUACUUGAUUGUGGCAACAAAGACAGAUUUAUUAGUGGAUGGACACCAUUCAGGAAUGGUGACGAAUUCCAUGAAAACUCCAGUAGUGACUGAUUCUUCUGCAAGUGUCCAGAAACAACAACAAUGGAUUGAAAUGAAAAAGCAAGAAAUUGCACGUGCAUUGGGAAUGAGAUCGUUUGAUAUUCUUACCAUUGGAAUGAGUGAUGAGAAAGGUCAUGAAGGUCUAAGAGACUUUGAAACUAUUCAUCCCGAUUUGUAUCAUCAAAGUAUGGUGUUAUUGAGACAAAUCAUUCUCCAUUGCCAUCGUGUGAGAAAUAAUGAAAUUCGAAUGGGAUGGAUCGAAUGGUUUGUGUUUUGGUUGUGCUUGUGGGUCGUGGGAAACGUUCGUUCCUUGACUCUAAUGAUGCAAUGGUGUUGGAAGGCACAUGAACCAUGCAUGAUGAUUCGACAGGAGACAGCACAAGCGAUCCAAGAGCAGAAGGAGAAUUCAAAAACCAUUUCAACACAAACGAUCGAGAAAGAUCCAUGUUUCGAAAGCGAUCCAUCCAAUGCAAAGACGACAAUUACAAAUGGAACAUGCUCCCAAAAACAAUGUUUGUCCUCCAAGUUGACAAAGAAUGAGAAAGAAGAGAUAGACCUAAAUGUGAAGGAAGUCGAUCGACAAGAUGAACAAAGAUCUAAUGGGCCAUCCAAUUUAAAUGCUGUAAAAACAGAACCCGUCCAUUCACCAACAAUAACUCGAAAUGAGCAAGAGGAGGAGAUCAACCAAAAAGAGGAAGUCGUCACCACCACCACUACUGACGAAAGCAGUGCUUGUCAAGAAAGUUGUCGUCAAGAAGCCAAGAAGAAACGGAAAUUUCACCGACUCGAAAAGAGGAUCCUUUAUAACAGAAUAUUCCAAGCGACAGUCCUUACAAUGCUCGCCAUUCUCAUGUUUCAAACAUUGAUGGUUUUUCUGGUUGUUUAA